AUGUCUUCUGCUGGGAAGCUAUCCGAGAUUCAUGGAAGAAAGCUCGCUAGACCUCUCAAGCCCCUACACGACAUUUUGACAGCGCCAGCAACUACAAAUGGUUCCAAGAUUGCUGUUGUCUGCAUGCAUCAGCCAGAGGACCUCUAUUCAAAUGUUGUCAAGGGGAAAAUAACAGCUGAUUAUCUUCGAUGGACUUUUAACGCGAUCAUCCAUGUCAGUCACUUGAUGGCAAUUGCUUUGGCAGAAAGCGGCAUUCGACCUGGUAUGACAAUUGCGACGUUUGUUGAGAACAGCAUUGAAACUCAGAUUCUUUUUCGAGCCAGCUUGGAAUUGAACUGUCCAAUUGCUCUUCUCAACCCAAAAUCCACAAGCAACCCUCGAGAGCUCGUCCAUCUUUUUGAGGUCUUACAGCCUGGUGCGGUUAUGGUGCCGAACCUGAGUAUUGCGACAAUAUUGGAAGAAGUUAUACCGGAAGCUGUAAAAGGCGCUUCAUUGAAGCUUGUCUGUGCCAUCAAUGAGCGUUCUGGAGAGUGGCGGAAUUUCGGUUCUUUCUUGGAAGGAGGUUCAGGGUCCGCUCAAAGUUUAGAUGGUCUCAAAAUUGAGCGGAAACCAGAAGACGUAGUUGUCAUUUUAUUCACGAGUGAGACUACAAGUCUUCCAAAAGGAGCACCGCAAUCUAAUAGCUCAUUGGCCUCAAUACUUUUGAAAAACGCCCAGGCUACUGAGCUGGUUGAAACAAAUAUUUCUGUCAGCCACAACCCUUUCUACCACAAUAAGUGUAUACAUAUCCCGGGAAUUAUAUGGUACUUGAAAGCUCAUGUCUUAUCCAAAAGUGUUUGGAUUAGUCUUCUCGGCGUACCUCAACGCCCAAGGCUGCACCAUUGUUCAUUCAGCAGCAUCAUUUGCCGCAAAAUCUACACUAAAAGCCAUUUCGUUAAAGGGUGCCAAUCUGUUUCCAUCAGUGCCUGCGAUGAAUUCGGCUUUACUCAAUCACCAGGACUUUGAGAAUAAAGGCACUAUCGACCACAUCAUUGUCGGGACGAUAGCUGUAUCCCCGGAAUUUCUGAGAAAAGUAGCCUCUGAUUUUGGUGCAAAGCGCACAUCUGAUGGCUAUGGACUGACAGAGACUGGAAGAAUUUGGUUCCAUAUGCCAGGUACAGAUCCGAAGGUAACCUAUCCGGUCCCAGAGAUGAUGUUGAGAGUGUGUGACCCAGAAACGGAUGAAGUUCUUCAGAGAGGAGUUCCUGGAGAGUUACACUGCGGUGGAACUGCCGUUACCUCUCAUUAUCUAUUGAGUAAACAGCAAGGUGAAGACCCAAACAGGGUAUUUUAUGAUGAUGAAUUGGGUCAUUGGAUGCGAACGGGAGACCAAGUCGUAAUGGCUGAGAAUGGCGAGAUCAGAGUCAUUGGUCGGUACAAAGAAUUGAUAAAACGUGGUGGAGAGAAUCUAUCUCCCAGAUUGAUUGAGGUUGUGCUUGCUGAAGACUUUGGAGUGGUGGCUGAAGUUAUUGGUGUUCCGGACGAACUUGCUGGCGAGGUGCCAGUGGCAAUCGUGAAGGGAAAUGCAGGUCAAACACAUGUUCUGUCUCUUGUUCGAGGCAAGCUUAUCGAAAAACUUGGUCAUUUAUUUGCUUUAGAGGACAUUGUAUCUGUUGAAAGCCUUGGACUUGAGGACUUUCCGAGAACAUUCUCCGGUAAGACCAAGAAGAAUGUUCUUAGGAGAAGGCGAUUGAGAUUCUCCAAAACAGUAAGCCCAAUGAUGAGGUUUACGGCCAAAUCACGAGUCAAGUCGAAGUUGAGACACUGACAGCACUUUGGUGCAAGCAUCUCGGUGUGAGCCGUAGCAACCUCCAUCCACAAAAAAACAUCCACGAGUUUGCCGACAGUCUUACCCUGACAAGGUUCUCAGGUAUACUACGCAGAACCACCGGGCACUCUUUGAGCUUGCAAGACCUCUUGGAUAAUCCUACAAUUGAGCAGCAAGUCCGAGUUCUUUCAUCUCGAAAGAUUGGUCAAGACAACAUCAUCUAUUCUCAGAUGGUAGUGAAGCAUGCCGGUCCACCUACAAGUGAUGAUAUGGUACACGCCAUGGGUGACGAAAGUAUUCUGAAGAAAACAAAAGCGCUUAGCGAAGAGAUACUAAAACCACGUGGACUGUCUUGGGACGAUGUGGAAGAUGUUAUCCCGAUGCAUGGGACAUUACAGCGCUUGCUGGAAAAGCGUAGACCACAGAGCAACAAUCACAGACAUACCUGGCUCUGUCGUGGUAAAACUACGAAACAAUUAGAAGAAGCCCUCAGGGAAGCUUUGACACGCCACAGUAUUCUCCGAGCCAUGGUUAUAAGAUUUCACCACGCGCCAAUGCACUUGACAAUUCGACCCUCAAAAAAGUUUUUUGAUCAACCUUUCACACACAUGCCGUCUGUGAAGAAUACCGAAGGGCUAUGGAAGCAAUGCUACAACAAUACAGAACUUGACUGGGUCGCAGACCCUGGACCUCUAUUUAAGGCAACGAUUACUCACGUUGAGGAAGAAAAUUGUGCUGGAUUGGUGUAUAUGAUACAGCACUCUAAUUUGGAUGCGAUUUCAUUCGAGAUGUUCUUGGAAGAUCUUGAUACACUGCUCGUCGACGCAAAAGCCGUGCCCACACCAAGACCACCUUAUAAAGCAUGGGCAGACAGCCACUAUAACCUGCGUCACUCAGAAGCAGCUCAAAGAUCUGUGAAAUGGCACGCCAACCGCUUACAGGGAGUGGCCAAACACCGAAAUGCCCUUUUCCCCGAACAGAGAGCACCGGAGUGGUUCAAAGGUCAAUCUGAAGGAUGGGUCACAUCGCUGAAAGGCCCGUUGCGCUCACCUCGCAAGGCGCUUGAUGGAGGUGCUAGAGACGGUGCUAUUAGCAUGGCUCAGUGAGUGCACCUCCAUGAUUCCCAAGCUUUGAAGGUGGAGUAUGAAAUUGAUGUACCACAGAUUGUGAAGGCAGGACUUGCAAUAAUGAAUACUCGACGGACCAAAGCUGGGGUAGCUCUGUUUGGACAGUAUCAGGCCUCAAGAUCGUGGGCAUACUUGCCAGAUUGGCAAGCGAAGGCGUUUCCAGAUGUGAUGAAUGUUGAUGGACCAACUCUGCAAACUACCGCAGUGAUUGCCGAUGUGGAAAGUGCCGACACAGUGGGCGCUCUGCUCACAAAAUUACAAGAAGAGCAGGAAGGUCUGAACACUCAUACCCACGUUCCCUAUGAUCAGCUAAUCGAGCGACUGAAUGAAAGUGACAACAAGAGUGGCGAUGUGAUAGUCGAGAUCAUUCGACGACAAAUAUUCAACUGGCUAACUGGGGGCCUACCCGUAGAGUACAAGUGCCUUCAAAAUGUACAGACAGUAAGCCGGGCAGAUGUUGGACUAUUGUGGAAUUGUAAGAUGUUAGACGAGGACACUUUACAGGUUCAUCUUUCUUGGGAUGAUGCGCAGCUUAGUUGCUCCGAAGCGGAUGAAAUUUUGGAAGAGCUUCUGGAAAUCACCGAGAAAUUGUCAAAGUUGGAAUAG